CAGUCAGGGAUGCAACACACAAUGUGGACCUCAGACCCUACUCAUCAAGUACUAUCCCUCAUAACAGCUCCUCCUUUUGCCCUUUUUGUCAUCUCUACUAGGACUUUCUUCAAGCUUGAAGGAAUGGCAACAGUCAUACCUUGGAAGCAUUGGGGCCUUUCAAAUACUCAUGUUUUUGAGUGGCAGGACUUGGACUGCAACUUCAUGAUCAGUAUUAGUGGGAGUCGAGUCUUGAAGGCAUUCCCCACAGCACAUAUGAUGGACUCAAAUGAUGACCUUCCUGUGGAGUAUAGAUUGCAUAGUAUGAUGGACUUCAGUCCAUUAGCUGUUGUGCAUCAGAAGAGCUUAGGACGAGUGGUGCGAGAGCCAUCCACCAUAGACCUAGAUGGACAAUUGGUGACAUCAUCUUUGCCUUGUGUUGAGGUUGUGUCAAGCACAAAGUCCACCACUAGUGAUGAUACAACCUUUUUUUGGAUGGAUGAUGAUAGAAUUUAUGUGCUUCAUGAAAGUCUCGAGGUCAUCAAAAUUUCUGAAUCUGCUUGCUGAACAAAAAUUGCUCAGCCUAGACAUUAGUACCAUACAUAGAUACAUCUGUGGUGUCGACAC